AGCUUGAUUUUCAGAGAGCUUCACCUGCUGAGUUUCUUCUUCCCCGAACUCUGUCCACUCAAAUGUAAAUGUUUCUGAGCUUUAUGUCCUUGCACUUGUCUUCUCCUGAUCUACCGGUAUAAUCUCAACCAUUCAUCACCAUGUCAUCGGGGAUUCUUUCCGCCCGUGAUAAUGACGAAAGUGGAAAGCCGCAAUCCUUGGCAGCUGGAGUUAUAUCUCGCUCCAAGCGUGCGACUAUAAUCACAAGUGCUCCUGACUUCACCCCACCUGGAAAGGAGAACGUGGCGUUACGCCUGGCAAAGAACAACACUGAGAUGUGUGACACUGUGGUGGAAGGUCGAGGGGUGCGCGCAACACUAACAGAUGUUAGUCCUCGACAGGGCAGCGAUCUGUCCGAUAACACGUUGGACAUUGGCUUCUUGGCGGAGAACUCUACGGCGUCUUAUGGUUCAGCGUCAGACACUGAUAUCAGCCCCGGGCACAAGGAGCAGAUAGCCUCUACCGAGAACAAACAGGUGCGCGGUUCCGCUGCUGCAGCCGAUGGCGGUGCGGCCAGGGUAGACGAAGAAGACGAGGAUGACGACGACUAUGAUGACGGUGCAAGUGGUUGUGGCGGCGGCAAGAUGAUAUACCAGGACCACAGUACCGCGUCGCCACAGAACAUCAAUGUCAUGACUGCGUCCACUGCGGCACUGCCUGCCGUCAGGAAAUUCUGUACAGACAAUGCAGAAACAGCUACUGUAUCUGCUUCCGGUGAGCACUGCACGCCAACCAAGUCGACGACGGCGAUGAGGGCGCUCCGGACACCUGUGAACCGACACGACAACACGCUGGACUCCAUCGUGCCCACCGACAUCGAUGAGUCGUUUGCCGUGGGAGGCGUCGGCGACAUGCCGCCUAUCGGCGUGCCCUCAUUCCGCAGAUACGCCGAGCUCCUUUCACCGACGUCGAAUGAUUUGUCCGCAGACAACCUUCACGCGGACAUACAGCCGUACCCGGGCACCCCAUCUCCGGCGAAGCGUCGCUCUCCCACCUCACGUGUGCCCGCGGACGCCACGCAGGCAUCCAAUAGCAGGACGUUUGACGAGAGUCACAUCUAUGCGCAGCCGCAUCGUCCCAACUCAUCCGCCUCCUUUACCAGCUGUACAUCGUCGACCCCGUCAAGCUCCAUCAUUGAACAUGUCGACGACUGUGCGCCCAGCUCUAAGAAGCUCUGCACCCCGAUCGUGCAGAAAGUCAAGCAGAUGACAUCAAUGGCCGAGUCCCCCGUCGCGCCAUCUGCCGAACACAAGGCGAUGAUGCAGAAAAUUCAGCACCUACGCGCAGUAAUUGAUCGUGACUCGACAUUGGAGAAGCAAGCACGGCAGGCAUUGCAGCACUGCUUGGCUCGUGAUGGCGGUUCUCAGCAGGAACUGGAGGCAGAGAGGCUGAUGUUGUUAGCUGGAUUGAGGUCAAGCCGAUGCACGUCGGAGAUUGAGCGCCUGAGGCAGCAAGUCGCUGCUCCCGUCUCUUCUCGCAGUGGCACGGACAGUCCGUGUGAUACCGAACUUGUUCUUUCAGACAUCUGUAUUCCGUUGCAUCUCAGCUUCUUGUCUACACUCGGCCGGGAAUCAGUUGCGUACUUUCUCGUCGUUGCUCGGGCCGGUUGUGAUGUGAUCGCCACCACUCAUGUUCAAUCGUCACUGGAAAUCUCUGGUCUCAGUGGCGAGCUCAAGUUCAAGGAUCAAUUAACGCUGUCAUCUGUUCCCAAUGGUGUGCAGGUUGACAUUGAACUCUACUAUAUGGUUCAAAGUCGGAAAGGCAGUUCAGGCGACAACGACACAGCUCCACUAACACCGCGGAAGCGCAGGAUCUUGGGUCAGCAUGGUGCCCUGUCCAAGCUCACGCCGAAAAAGCAACGGUCCAGCACAUUAUCUAUGCCAGGUGGAGCUGCGUUGAUGACGAGGUUCACCUUGGGCGCAUCCUGCCAACUGUCUGUAAACUCUCUGCAGACAUACAACAGUUUUAAGAUGCAGGAGUGGAGCAGUCAUCAGCUGUUGCACGGCAGUGUGGAUGUGCGCAUUGCUGGACGUCCGCUCUAUUCUCAGCACUACCACUCUGCGUUCCUCACGUGGCGCGAGGAAAUCAGUGGCCAGCCAAACUGGCGCCGUUUCUGGUGCUUCCUGGAUGGUGUCGUACUAAAGGCCUGGCAGUACCCAGCAGAUCAAGAAGCUGAGGCGGAACCUAUCCAGACGUUGGAUCUGGCCACGUUGCACGAAGGUGACUGCACUCUUACGGCUGCUGCGCCCAACUCACUGGUCUGCAUUCGCAAGAACUCCAUCGCCAUCAAUGUGGAAGGCACUACCACAGAGAACGAGCGGUUUCUUUUCUUUGCCGAUUCUAAAGAGAACCAAGCCCUGUGGAUUGCAGCAUUCCAGCAGGCAUGUCUCAAUCUCGCAACGUGGAAGACUCUCCCGCGCUGAAGCUAAGUGCCCGUCCCGUUACUGCAUUUGUUCCUCAGGACCCAGGUCGGUGUUCUGAGUGCAUUCUGAGCACCUCACUUUACCACCUUGGUUCGCAACCCAUCAUGCCAAUCGUUUUAUAUCUCUUGUUCUGCAUCUUUUAGUACUGGAUGUGACUUCUCCAGUGUUCAGCACAGCAACGUAUCGUGACCUUAGCUUAGGGAUUUAGCACGAGUAGUAGUAUUUAGACCAGUGCCGCACACCAUGCGUUGUGCAUGUUCCCUGACCCCGUGGCAGCAUGGCAUUGCUGCUCUCCCUAACCAGUUGAUAGUGCCGCUAACAUACGCAGCGCAGGCAGCCGUUACGAGAAGUUCCCACUGGACCUGCCCGCUAUCGGGUGGCACCGUACAACAUGCUGUGCUAGACUUUGUGUCCGUCCGCAGGACUUCUGCCGUGAGAUUCUCAUGGCUAUAUGUUGGCAUCAUUUCAUGGCUUAGUACAUGAUUUUCUCGUCCUUUACACCCGCGAUCACAACCGUAUCACACAGAUGUAGCAUCUUUGCAUUACAUCCUAACCUGCGUUUGUUCCUAACCUGCGUUUGUUUCACCUCGGUAACGUACAUGUAUCUCACACGUCGCUCCCCAGCUACUCUACUUUACUCUACUUUACUCUACUUUAGAUGUUUUAGUGUGAUCCGCUCCGUUCUGCUUUAACCUCCACUGCCUAUCGUUUCUCACUUGUGUACUUUGUUUCUGUCAGUUUGUGUACCUGGA